UACGUUUGGCGGUUAAGCUCUUAGUUUGAUAUAUUGCCGUCAAUCGUAACUAUACCUAAAUAACCGAAAAGACUGUGGAGUAAACCCUUCGUUAUGUAUGUGGUGUUAUAUUGUGGUAACACGUGGGCGGAAGUGACCCUGUGUUUGUGUGCCGUCUGGUAUUCAGAUUGAAAUGUUGCUGCUCGUUACAUGGCACUUUUCCUCAAAGUUUUCCGCCUCAACUAAUGACAAUGAGUAAUGGUUCAAAUCAGAAGACGUUGUUCCAGACUUGGGGUGCAUCCGUCCCUCAAAACAAAGUUGUUCAACCGAAAAAAGAUGCCAAGAAAGCCGGUGGACGGCGUAAAACAGCCCCAAGCAACACAGCGCAGGUAGCUACAACAUACCCUCCUCAAAACCCUCUAUGGGCUCAAAUAGGUCAUGGGUCUUCAUACGGGACAGAGAACCAGGUGAGGACAGAGGACCCUGCACCUGCGUAUGAAGAUGAUUUUGACGACGAUGAUCUGAUGGUGGUCGCUGUUUAUGAAGCUGAAAAGAGCCUACAUCAUGAUAAUGCAAACCCUAUUCAAUAUCACAACCCUGUAGGAUCAGAGAGCACUGCCCUCUCUCCCAUACCGUCAGGUGGGCAGAUAUAUCCAGACUUCCCUGGCUUUGACAGCUCCUCAGCUAAGGUAUGGAUUUACCCCACCAACUAUCCCAUAAGGGAGUACCAGCUGAAGAUAUCAGAGGCUGCUCUGUUUCAAAACACACUGGUGUGUCUUCCCACUGGUCUGGGAAAGACUUUUAUAGCUGCUGUGGUUAUGUACAACUUCUACCGCUGGUAUCCAUCGGGGAAGAUUGUAUUCAUGGCUCCCACCAAACCUCUGGUGGCACAGCAGAUCGAGGCCUGUUAUAAAGUGAUGGGGAUCCCACAGGCACACAUGGCUGAGCUGACCGGCAGCACAGCAGCAAAGCACAGACAGGAGGUGUGGAGGACCAAGCGCGUCUUCUUCCUCACCCCUCAGGUCAUGGUGAACGAUCUGUCCAGAGACACCUGCCCGGCCAAGCAGAUCAAGUGUGUGGUGAUCGAUGAAGCCCACAAGGCGCUGGGCAACCAUGCCUACUGUCAGGUCAUCAGACAACUCGGCAGCCAGACUCUGCAAUUCCGCAUCCUGGCCCUUAGUGCAACUCCAGGGGGAGAUACAAAGGCGGUGCAGACAGUGAUCUCUAAUUUGCUCAUCUCCCACAUUGAGCUGCGUUCAGAAGAGAGCCCAGACAUCCAGGCCCAUUCCCACCAGCGCAGUGUGGAGAAAGUGGUGGUUCCUCUGGGAGACGCCCUUUCUGCUCACCAGGCACGCUACCUGCAGGUGCUGGACAAAUUCAUGUCUCGUCUAGUCCAGAACCGGGUGAUGGCUCUCAAAGACCUGCGGUCUCUCAGCAAAUACCAGAUCAUCCUCGCGAGGGACCAGUUCCGCAAGAACCCACCGCCAUACAUCAAGGCUCCACAGCAGGGAAUGCUGGAGGGCGACUUUGCCCUUUGCAUCAGCAUGUACCACGGCUACGAGCUGCUGAUGCAGAUGGGACUCCGAUCGCUCUUCUUUUACAUCCAGGGAAUCAUGGACGGAUCCAGAGAGAUGUCCAGGGCCAGAAAUGAGCUGCAGAGGACUCCCACCUUCGUGGACCUUUACCAUGAGAUGGAAGCAAUGUUCGUGAAGCCAUCAGCUGGUCCAGAUGAGCCAUUUAUUUACAGUCACCCCAAACUGAAGAAACUGGAUGAGGUGGUGCUGCAGCAUUUCACACGGUGGGCCGAGAGUUCAGCAGACAAUAAUGGUCCUCAGGAAGUGAGCACACGUGCGAUGAUCUUUUCAUCGUUCCGUGAGAGCGUACAGGAGAUCGCAGACAUGUUGAACCACCAUGCUCCACUGAUAAGGGUCAUGACCUUUAUGGGCCAGGCCUCAGCCGGGAAGGGAGUCAAAGGCUUCACCCAAAAGGAACAACUGGAGGUGGUGUCCAAGUUCCGUCAGGGAGGCUUCAACACACUGGUGUCGACCUGUGUCGGGGAGGAGGGGUUGGACAUCGGAGAGGUGGACCUCAUUGUUUGCUUCGAUGCGCAGAAGAAUCCCAUCCGCCUGGUGCAGCGAAUGGGACGUACUGGACGCAAACGGCAGGGACGAAUUGUUGUCAUCCUGGCUGAGGGACGCGAGGAGAGGAUCUACAACCAGAGCCAGAGCAACAAGCGCAGCGUGGACAAGUCCAUUAUCGGCAACAGAAGAGGGUUCCACAUGUACCCCAACAGUCCCCGCAUGCUGCCCGAGGGGCUGAACCCCACCCUGCAUAAGAUGCACAUUACCUCUGGCCAGUUUGACCAUCGGGAGAGCAACAGGCGGUCUGUCAGGGCUCGGCGGUCCCACUCGGAGGGAUGGGCCUCGCUCAUCCAUCCUCAAAAUCUGAUUCGGCAGAGCAACACGACGUCAGACGGGUUUCUGAGCAGUACUGAAUAUUCCCUCUGGGAGUCCACUAUGAAGCUGGAGGAAGAUGAAGCUCAUCCAACUCUGAAACCGUCCCAUUUCAUGUCCAUACCCAGCGAUCUACCACCUCAGGAGGACGUUUACAAAAGCGGACGUUCGUCCAGAGAGCUAUCUUUGUGGGAAUGGAGACACUGGCAGCACAAAGCGCUUCCUACCCAUGUUGUUGCUCAUUCUGAACGCUGCAGCCACUUUAUUAAGGUGAUGGAGCUCAUAGACGGCAUGAGAGAGGAAAAUGAGGGGGUGUGUCGUUAUGAACAGGAGCUUCUUCCUUAUCGACACAAAGCAGAUGCUGUUGGCCAUGUGAAGAAAGGACAGAAAAAGACACGGAAGGUCACAAAGUCCUGCAAUAAAACUACUAAAACUGCCAACAGCAGAGUCAAACCUUCUCACUCGACGUCUGAUCUGGAAUGCUUUGACGAUGAAGGAGAUUGGGAAAAUACACGAGGAAAAAGUAUUGUUUCCACAUUUGCUGUGACAAAACCAAGACUUCCCGUUGAACAUGGUACUGAGACGCCUUAUGAUGACAUCACAGGACCUGAGGCCAUUUGUCCUCGACCCUCAAACAAUGACUGUCCAGAAGCUGACAUAGAUGAUGACUGUGCUAUUAUUAACGAGGAGCGCACAGUUGAUGAACCUGUAAGUUUUGACAAAACUUCACAGUUGAUUACAAAUAUUGAUGAAGAUGUUGAACUUCAGGCCAUGUUCUACCUUCCUAAAUGGGAUUCAGUACCUCCUUCCUCCUUUGCUAAACUUCUCUCAGAAAGAGAUCAGAGUCUGAAGGUCAUCCUGGCCAAUGUGGCGGAGCUCCUGUCCCGAUCUCCACCGUCACCGACUGCAGAUUUAGAGGCCGACAUGGCUGCCCCAUCACCUCCUCCCUCUCCUCAGCAACCUCAUCAGCCAUUCCACAUCAGCUUUACACUGGAUGUGGAAGACGACGAUGACGAUGAAGUGAUGAUGAGUGACGCUGAUGAAGCUCCUGUGAGGGCUGAAUUAGAAAAGCCUCCAGUUGAUAAAGAGGACAGUAAAAUGUAUCAUGAUUGGCCUGGUCAGGAGCAGCAGCAGAGCGUCAACAGGGGCAGCGUGGCAGCAAACAGUCCGACCUGGGAUGAGGUUUUUGGGGAGGAGGAAGUGAAUGAUAAUCAUGAUGUAAGAGAUAACCACAAGGAGACAGAUGAUGAGAUUAACAAGGAGGAACCAGUCGGUGAGGGGGCUGAGAAGUACAAUGAAAUGGAAAGUAAGAAUGACGGCAUGACCAAGGAAAAAGAGAGAUGUUGGGAUGAUGAGAGGAACAAGAAAAUGCCAGACUUGACGUACGCUGGUAUGAAAGAUGACUCUCGGUGCAGAGCUCAGAUGGAUGAGAGCAUGGAUCUGUUUGGGGACGACGAGGCCUUCCUGCAGAUGACCAUCCCAGACAUCUCCACUCCUGGCGUCAUGCCCAGGACAUCCCCUAGUGAAGGAGACAUUGCUAAGAGCACAAACAAUACGUCUUUACACACACGUACCCCAACAAACCCAUGUAGUACUACACACACAGCUGAGAGCGCACGCACAUUAAACACGGAUGAUUUAACACAUACUCCGCAUGCCAAGCUGAUGACCCCGAGCGCUACGGAGAGAAAACAAACCGCAGCACCAAGUAACCCUGUAACAGACAAUUUAAUGACGGACAAGGCAAUUACUUCUCAUGGUAAGUCUCCCACAAUGCAACUGGAUUCUGAGUCAUUUGACAGCUCCCAUGACUACUUCCCUGUCAACUUUGACCUCGGCUAUUCACUGGAGGACUCUGACGAAGCAGAGGAAGAGGCUGUUCCCGCUCCAUGUAUGUCGACUUCUCCACAGCCUAAAGAGCAGGCUGACUCUACAGCGUCUUUGCCGGCCAUCUCCAACGGUUCCACUCCCUAUAACAGCUUCCAUAGACAGAGAACGCCUCUGCAGUCCAGUGAAGCCAACAUAUUUAGGCCACAAAUGCCGUCCGAGCAUAGAAAGAGAGAAACGUCCUCUCUUCUGGCUUCGCCUUUGGUGUCUAAAGGUGGUGCACUCCCGUCUCCAAUCACAUCACCAGGAGCUAGGCGGACGCUCAUGUCUGGCACCCCGUCUUUAGUCCCCAGUUUAAGGCAGAGACAACAGGAAGAGAAAUCCCUUCAUCAUUCAGUGGAGUGCGACAGUGAGGAUGAAGUCGUGGUUCAUAAAAGAAGACGUCAGAACAAGGUCAAACCCUUUUCGUCCCCGGAAGUGAUCUCCAGCGACGGGGACUCCCCACUGGUUGUGAAGAGGAAACGCACAGCUGCACUUAAUACUUCUGAUGAACAGAAGGGCGAAGCUGUUUCUGACGAUGAUUUCCAGAAUGAGUUUGCGUUCACACGCAGAACCACAGCGCACGGAGCGGAGAGGGAACGGAUCCAACAGGGCAAAGCCAAGCACCCCGUUUGUCGAAAAGGGCGCCUGUUCCUGGAUGAAGAAGCCGAGCUGUCGGAAGAGGAGGGGUCAGGUGUGUCAUCUGAUGAAGAGGAUGGAGACGAACAGAACCACUCUCUCGAAGGCUUUGUGGUCGACAACACACACUUCUCACAGGGACUGAAUGACUCAGAGAUGCAGGGUGUUUACCUGAAGUCAGUGAGAAGCCCUGCAGUGCAGGGAAAGUUCAAAUUGUCCUACAGAAAUCAUCACAACAUGGACAUAUUUUCUCAGGUGCCUGAGAUGGAUGAAACGUAUGCAGAGAACAGCUUUGUGGUGGGAAAUGAGGUGGAGGAAGUGGGGAGCAGCGAGCAGGAGGCCGAGGACAUCGAACUUAUGCCUGAGGACUCGUAUGUGGAGGGGCGGAGGCAGUAUGCUACCAGAAGGCGCGUUUUCCUUCACAAAGUCAGAGCCGGGGCCGGAGCUAAGACUGCAGCUGGAUGUCCACCAGAGAAGAGAGCUGGGGUGAAAAGCAAGCGCGCCCGUGUCAUACGCAUGAAUGAUUCUAGUGAGGAGGAGACGGAGGAAGGUAAAAAGAGAAGUCUCACAUCAGGAGGGAGUGUUGCUGUCCCCUUGUGGCCGAAGGCUGUACAGCCGGAGCCCAGCAGGCUCCAGCUGCAGCAGCAGAAACCCUCCUCCUGCUCGUCUUCAACCAUAGCAUCAAAGGUCUCAUCGCUGAGCAAGCCACAGAGGUGCUCAGUGAGUGCGGACCAGCAACAUGAGAGCAGGUUUCGCCAGAGGUUAGAAAAUCAGCAUUUGCUCUCCAAUGAACUCGACUUUGAAAAGUCGGAGUUGCUGUUAUCCUCCAAGAAACGACCCCAGGUCCAGGCAGUCCCUUCCACCUCCUCAGUUCCACAGACGUCCUCCUCCGUCAGUGAGCCUCCUGCUGCGUCCGGGCCUGUUUGCAUUCUGGUGGACAGUCGCUGCCUCAGUGGCGCAGUGGAGCUGAUGACCAGCCUCCGUCAGCGCCACGCAGCCACCAUUCACGUUUGCUCGCUGGACGGAAGCUACUUCAUCGUCAGCAACCGCACGGCAGUGGAGAGGCACAGCCAAUCGGAUUUGGCGGCGAUGCAGAACCGGAAACGAUUGGCUGACAAAGUGAACAGCUUGCAGAGAUUGUUUGAGCGUGUUUGUCUGAUAGUGGAGAAGGACCGAACCAAGGCAGGUGAGGCUGCUCGUCCAUUUCAGCGAACACGUUACUAUGACAGCACUUUGACAGCACUGGUGCGUACCGGGGUGCGCUUGCUGUGGAGUGAUGGCUCUGAACAGAGUGCCGGCUUGCUGGCAGACCUGGCCCGGCUGGAGCAGCGUAAAGGUCAGGGCAUCGCUGUACCGCUGGAGGUCAAAGGGCCGCACAGGCAGCAGGCCCUGCAGCUCUACUUGAGCCUGCCCUCAGUCAACUACGUCCAUGCCCUCAGCAUGAGCCACAACUUCAGCUCAAUUGCCCAACUCAUAAACGGCUCCAUUGAAGCCAUACAGAAGGGAGGCUGUAUGAGUCGAUCCAGAGCUGAGGAGAUCUACCGCUUCCUGCGCUACUCCUGCGACUCCUUUUUGAUGAACACAUCUAAAUCGAAAAACAGCUAGCAGGACGGAGGAGAAACACUAGAAGAAAAAACAAUCUGUUCCUCUUUAUUACUCCAUUUCUUCGCCUCCCUUGCCUUUCUUUUCUGUCUCACCAGGAACUAGUUACUAGAAAGACUUACUAUGCUACGUACAGCAACUGCUACUUUAUCUGAAGUUGUAUCUCAAUGAGAAGAGCCUCAGGAUAUUAAUUCAACCCUCUUGCACAAUAAGGAACACCACUCAAAGCUUUUUGUACGUUAUAAUAAAAAGGUUUCUUGAUAUGUGGCACUAAUCCUGUCAGACGGUGUUGAGGUAAAACUGAAUAUAAGAAAUCGAUAUUUGAUUGCCACUUGAAUAACUUAUUGUUUGUUAUAAUAAUGGAUACAUGCAUUUACAAUGCUACUCUGAAAGAAGUUAAUAUGGGAUCAAAUGUCUUUAAUAAACAGCUAUUUUUA